AUGAAUCUGCUGUCAUUCCUACUAUUUAUUGGUGUAUUAAUGUUUUCCGUAAAAGGAUUAGUAAUGCCUGAGAGUGGCAGUAUUGACUUUCAAACAAAACGCUGGACAGAUUUUAAACGUGCUGCCAGAGGGCUAGACUAUGCAUUGCCAUAUAAUUCUGAAUAUACACGUCGCCAGUUAUACGAACACAGGCCGAGUUUCAAUGAUCUUUUAAUUUAA